AUGGCUCUUCUGAAAACAGCCAGGAAAAUGGCAAAGAUUGAAGCUGUAAGAAGAAAAGAGAGUGGAAGGAACAAGGAGACCGCAGAGUCAGCGUCAGAGUUGGCAUGCAGCUCUGAAGGGGCACGGACAAUGGCACUUCUGAGUAACAAGGUAUCCAAAAGAAAGCUUGAUGCUUCAGUGCCCUUACCUCUGGUCGUUCAAGCAAGCGAAGCCCCUCACCGGCUCUUGACUUCUGCAGCCUCAGACGAUCAGUGGAGUCAUUCGCUGUUUGCUUUGAUACCCUCAUGGACAAAGAAGGUUUUGUUCAAACGAGAGUCUUCUGUUAACCGCCAGCUGGCUGAAGAUGUGUCCAAUAUGUCAGUGUCUUCUGGAUUUGGAAUAACCCUUCAGAAAUGUGGUGUGGUGGAUGUUGAACAUGACCCUCAAACUGCACACAUUACGCUCCUGAUUAAUAACACCAACAUGCCGCUCUCAACAAACAUUACAGAUCUUAUCCUUCUGGACAACAUCACUGGUCUAGAUGUGCAAAAAGCCAGUGGUAAUAAGACCACAGAUGACAUGCAGAUUUACAGGAAAAGAUUCUUGCAAGGUGGAGAACACUUUGUAAUCAACUACUCUGCACUUCUUGAUCCAAAAGAAAUGUGGGAUGGCAAGGUCUUGACACUGCCUGCGAAGCUAACUUUCAGGACUUUAUCACAGAAUAAAACAUAUCUCGUAUCAUUGACAGCAUCGUUCACCAUAACUGAAGAAGAAAACAGCAAGAUUUCGUACAGCCUUGCCAUCCAUGCUUCAGGGUUCUUCAUUGCUUUUUUCAUUUCCCUUGUAUUGACAUGUGCUGUUUUUUUAAUUGUUCACCGAACCCAAAUAUUAGAAUGGAGUUUCCGUAGUAAAAACCAGGAGAUACGGUAUGAACUCAGCCAAAGUCACAAACUGGAGCAUUCUCAGUUGAAUUCAGGCGAUCCGUUUAGUGAAGAUAUAAUUAUGAAUGACCAAAUCAUCGAUAUCCUGUCCUUUGAAGAAUCUGGGAACAUGCUCCAGGCAUUAGAAGACUUGGAGGUUGCCAGCCUGACGCGGGCAGAUGCUGAUCUGGAGGCAUAUCGAAUGCAGAUAUGCAAAGAAGUGAUUGCUAUGAUGAUGAAGAACAUGGUCUUAAGUCACAGCCUCUUUCCUCAUGUGGAGAAAAAGAUGAGUUCAAUUUUCAAAAAGCAGUUUCUUGCAAUGGAGAAAGAGAUUCAAGAGGAGUAUGAAAGGAAGAUGGUGGCUUUAACAGCUGAAUGUAAUCUGGAAACUAGGAAGACAAUGGAGGCUCAACACCAAAAAGCAAGAAAUGCGAAUGAAGAGGCUGAAGAAUUAAUGAAGAAAAUUAAUGAAAAGCCUGCUGUAGAAUACAGAAGUCUUCUGGAUAGACUUCACAGACUGGAGGAGGACCACCUGAAGAGGUUCCUUCUGGUAAAGCAGGAGGAAUAUUUUGCAAAAGCUUAUAGACAACUGGCUGUUACCCAGAGAAAGGAGCUCCAUAAUAUCUUUUUUACACAGAUAACUAAUGCUACUUUCAAGGGAGAACUGAAGUUGGAAGCAGCUAAAACAUUAGUGGAAGAUUACUCUAAAAUACAGGGAGACGUUGAAGAGCUAAUGGAUUUUUUGCAAGCUAACAAGAAGUAUCAUCUGAAUAGAAGAUUUGCUUACAGAGUGUAUCUUAUAAGUAAAAUACAGUUAAGGGAUUCUCAAGCCUCUACUCUUAUAAAUGAAGCAGCAACCCAGAUAUCAAGUCUCAUUAAUAAGAUGGCAAGAUCAGGUCAUCUACCUGAAAGUCAUUUGGGAGUGCUGCUGGACCGAGCUGAGGCUGAAAUUAAUUCUGUUAAAGAGAAAUUCGGUCAUGAUUUAAAACAAGAAAAGCAAAAGCUUUGCCAGAAAGUCAUUACUAAGCGAAGGCGGGAAAUGCUACAAAAGAAGGAGCAUCGGAAGGAGCAGCUGUCACUUGGAGACCCCUUCAAAAUUACUAAGGAGGUCACUCACUACCUGAACCACUGGAGAAAUCUUCUGAGUGAUCACACUAUUGAAUUUGAAGAACUUACUGAAAAGCUUGACAAUGAAGCCAGUGAAGAGCUGAAAGAGCUUCUAUUUAGUCUAAGAGAGAAAACUGUUGAAGAGCUUAAACGUGUUCAAUAUGGAGUAUUUAUGCAAGAACUGGUAAAACUUGGUGUGCCAAAGAUGUUCCUCCUGGAAGCUGUGGAGGAGCAUAAAAAAGAGAUGGUUGUUAAACAUGAACAGCUUGAAAGGGAAGAGCAUGACAAGAGCAUGGCCGCUGAAGAGCUGCUUCAGCUCACCAGGCAGAAGCUGAGCCAAGAACUGGAAACAAGCCUCUUGGAACAAAAAAAAUUACGGAGCUGGGAGCAAUCAGUAUUCAUGCAGCUUCUAAGUUUACCCCUGUCACUGUCAGAAGAGGAAUUGCUUAGAAUGAGGCAAGAGCUGCACUGCUGCUUCUGUCAGGUGGACAGCAGCUUGGCUUGGCCCAAGAUAAGAGCAAGAACUUUGCUUCAGGCUUUCGAGGUGGAGCGGAGGAACAUAGAACUGCUGAAGGUUGAUCAGAAUUUAGGAUUGACCAAUAAACAGCAGCAUUCUAAAAUGAAAAAAACAGGAUCCAGGAAUAGAAAUAAGAUAGAUAUUCUGAAGAAAUCUUUACAGGACAGAAUUUUUAUUUAUGAAGACUCAGUGAAAGAUGAAAAUUUGAAUAAG